UCCUGUUAAUCUAUUUAUUAAAUUUUAUUACAAUAAUUUGUUAUUACUCUCUAAAAUACUCUUAAUUUGUGUUAAAAACAAUAAAAUAUAACAAUAAAUUGAUUCUUUAAAAAAUAUAGAAAAAUUACCUUUGCCCAGGGUCAAGACUCAACACUCAACAGUCAACACUCAACUUUCUACUCAGUGGCUGCAUCAAAAUCUUAUGAGGAAUUGAUUUAUUUUUGUUUCAAAUAUGCAACGAGAAGAAAAACAACUGGAAGCAACAUUACAUGCCAUCUUAAAUAGAGUGAAUGACCUAAAGGCAGCUAUUCAGGCGUUGGUGACUAAAUUGGAAACUGAAUAUGAAACUAUUAACUGGCCUAGCUUUCUCGAUAACUAUGCUAUCUUGUCAGGGCACUUGACCGGUCUAAGUAAAAUACUGCAAGCAGAAAUGGCACCUUCUUUGAGAUCAGUGGUCGUCUUGCCUUUACAACUAGGGUGCGAAAGAGAUGAAGAGUUGGCACGACUGACUGAAGGUAGAGUCCCGGCCUGCACUCAUGACUUAGUUCCAGACCUGUUGAGAACCAAGCCUGAGCCACAAGCAGAACAGAGGCUACAACAGCUCAACCACAAAGCUAGUACACUCAGCUAUGAUACAGCACAGAAGCAAGUGGCACAGUUCACAAAAGUUGUGGGACAUGUGUGGGAGAUCAUUUCCAAGAGCCGGGAGGACUGGGAGGGAGAAUCAAUGAGAUCUACAGGUAUGCAGCCCACCCACAACAUACAUGAUACAAAUGCUCUCGUGACAGCAGUUGGAACAGGCAAGGGUCUGCGACCGGGAAUGCCACCAAUAGUUCCACCGGGUGUCGGAGCACCGGGAAUGGGACCGUCUCGAGGACCAGCCCCACAAAUGGGCCCUGCAGCACCACCAAUGCCUAAAGCUCCAUCGGCUAUCAAAACUAAUAUUAAGGCAGCCAAUCAAAUACAUCCCUAUCAACGAUAAACGCAUCUAAAUAAAUAAUUAAUCUAAGUAAAA